AUGAGUAGGAAUGUAGAUUUGGACAGAUUAGGAGACAUUUUUAAAAAUACCUUAAGUUUAAUGAAAAAUGCGAUGCAAGAUUUAGCUAAAAGAAAUUCAACUAUAUAUAAUUUAUUAUAUACAAGUGAUAAUAUGCAAAACAAACAUGACAACUAUAAUGAGCUUUUAUCUAGUGAAAUGCAUUUUGACAGAAAUAAAAUAAUAAAAUGGGUAUUGAUAGCAUUAAUCAUAUAUAUGGCAUUUAUGGUUUUUUCUUAUUUGUUUGUUAAUUAUAUUCUAUUUUACUUUGUAAUUUUUUCUAUAUGCUUCAUUAUCAUUAAAUAUAUUGUUUAUUAUUAUAACAAUAACGACAUUCCACUAUUACAGAGUUAUCAGUAUUUUGAAUCAAAUGGUGUAUAA